AUGACAGUGCAAACAAAGACCGAGGAUUGUCCUGUCUGUCAGUCGCCAGACGAUGCAGGCCCCGCCGUUGAUCUCGUCUAUGGCUGGAUCGGCUGCGAGCUCUGCCAAAGAUGGUUCCAUCCGUCCUGUGUCAAAUUGUCUGCUCACGACAUCGAAACGAUAGGCGAGUACCACUGUCCGGACUGUGCCCCUAAACACGGCCCGUCGGUGCUCAAGCGCAAAUCAAGUCGGUCGCGGAAGAAAAUUGACUACAUUGCGCUGAACGAGGGUCAGCAGGUUCGCGAAAUUGACAAACAUCCGCAUAUCGACAACUUCAACAUGUUCGAAAACGAUAGACCCCUGGAAAAGCUGAUAUACGUUGUUCGUCCCGAGGUGGACGGCGACCAACGCGGAAUAGUGACAGACCGCAAACUCACGCAGAUAAUCUUCGAGACGCAGCUGAAGCGGCCCAUUCUUGUUCCAGCAUGCAAUCCUGCUCUCUCAAACUACAAGAACUGCUACGAUCUGACGUUCAAGUUUCCUCAGUUGACUGUCGACCAAAUAGCGGAGGAGGUGGGACUGGACAAGGAGUUGCCGGUCAUGGAUGUGCUUACGCAAAAUAAUACGCCCAAUUGGACGCUCGGAAAGUGGAGAGACUACUUCAAUCUCAAGGCUCAGGAUAGAGAUCGGAUACGCAACGUGAUCAGCUUAGAAGUGUCGCAAACCAAAUUGAACGAGAAAAUAGAAUUGCCCAAAUCAGUGCUGGACAUCGAUGUGGUGAAUAAGAUCUUUUCGACUUGCAAAUCAGAGCUGGAUGCGCACGAGAUCGAAAAGCCCAAAGUCAGUAAAUAUAUCCUCAUGUCUGUCAAAGACUCGUUUACCGACUUCCAUGUGGAUUUUGGAGGGACGUCUGUGUACUACACUAUAUUGCAAGGCCGCAAACAGUUCCUGAUGUUCCCUCCAACGAAGAGGAACCUUGCAGCGUACCAAAAAUGGUGUUUGUCGGACGACCAGAACUCUCACUGGUUUGGCGAUCUCGUCCCUCCAACGAAACCAGGGAAAGAGCCCAUAGAUCCGGCCUAUAUGAACAACGGGGUGAAAAUCGACAUUGACGCUGGCGACCUGCUUAUUCUCCCCUCUGGCUGGAUCCAUUCAGUCUACACGCCAUGCGACUCUGUAAUCGUGGGUGGUAACUUUCUCAACAUGCUGAGCCUGAAAAAUCAUCUGGAGGUGUACAAAAUUGAGAUCGACACUAAGGUGCCUGAAAAAUUCAAGUUUCCGAACUUCAUCAAAGUGAUCUGGCUUAUCGGCUGGUUUGUGAUGAAGAACAACAACUUGACAGAGUUCGAGCUGGACUGUCUCGCAAACCUCAUUCCAUUCUACAAGAGCCAGCUCCAGGAUAUCGAGAAUAUUGACGCGGCAGACAAAUACCAUAAGCGUAUUAUAAACAGGGUGAAGAGCUCUCUGCCAACAAGCGUAAUCGGCAAGCCGGCAGAUUUUGUAGCAGAGUUCGAGCGCUGGUACUCUUUACAGACGAGAAAACGCAAGUACGACAACAUGUAA